UUUGUAGAUCUGUUAUAACGGUGCCGUCAACAACCCCCGUUAGAAAAGUAGAGAGAGAAAGUGUGUGAGUGCGUGAAAGCCAGGACCACACACACUCUUUGAUAAGAAGCUUUCAAACGGAAUCCCUGCCAUCAGCCUCGUCGUCGUCAUCAUCGCCACCACUCUCUCUCUCUCUCUCAUCUCUGAAACUAACAAAACAGAAAAAUCACAGAAGAAGAUAUUAUUCUCCAUUGAAGAGCGAAUUAAUUAAGGUACGUACCAGCUGAUUUGACAUCGGAGUAUAGAUAUUAUGGAUGUGUAUGUGUAAAUGGGAAAGUAUACAAGGAAGUGCAGUAAAGGUUGUAGUGGAGGUGGCGAGGUAGCGGUAAUGGAGGUUGUGCAGGCAGGAGUGAGGACUAGAGGUAGAGCUAUGGCCGUGGAGGAAGCCGCGGAUAAUUCUGGAUCCGCGAAGAGAAGGAAGGUCGAUAAUGGAGAAUUGAGGUUGUCUUCUUCAAAGUCGGAACGAAUCAAAGCUCGUGAAGAUAUCCUUACUGUAUCCAAAAUUUUUGGUGAUUCGGCCCCGGAGAAGGAUGAUUUGAGCGAUCCAUGCGCUGACGCAAGGAGCCUUAGCUCCGGUGAUGUUCCGGCGUCUUGUUGUUCGAGUAACGGAUCAAUUACGGAGAAACUGAAAUGUGCAGAUCUGGAGGAGAGGGCAGAAAUUGUAACAACUGUGAGAUUCAAUUUGGACAGAAGAGAAAGCACACCGACAAGCGAGUUUAAGGAGGAAUCAAGCGAACUUGAGUCAUCGACCACAGCAAAACCGUCGGUGCGUAUUGAUUCUCGCCGUGCAAUUAUACCAGUGGAGAAGAUGCCUCCUGCAGCUGAACUUGAAGAGUUCUUCGCUUCUGCGGAAAAAGACCUCCAUAAAAGUUUCAAAGACAAGUAUAAUUACGACAUUGUAAAUGAUGUUCCAAUGAAAGGCCGUUUUGAAUGGGUUCAACUGAAGCCAUGAAAUGUGAAGAUGGAUGAUGCUUGAUUAAGAACUUAACACCGCCGUUGUAAAAACUGUUUCUAAAAUUUAGAAACAAACGUACAGUACGUAGUGCAUUUUAAUUUAAUCGAUCUUUCCUAUUUCUUUUUUCUUAACUUCAAUCGUCUUUCACUACUAGCUAGUUGAUUACCUUGCCAGAUCUUUAGAAAUUCCAGUUUCAUUAACUUG